UAUAUUCUAAAAGAAAUCGUGCCAAAACACAAAAUGAACCUCUACAAUCUGACAAUCAGAAUCAUUUUCAUGUCACAAAUUACAAUUGGAAUUCUGGGAAACUUCUCUCUAAUCUUCUAUUACCUAAUCCUUUACUACAGACAAUGCACAUUAAAACCCACAGAUUUGAUUCUCUUGCACAUAAUGGCAGCUAAUGCUGUGAUCAUUCUCUCUUUGGGAGUGCCCAACACAAUGUCAGCUUUCGGGUUGAAGCAGUUCGUGAAUGAUUUUGCAUGCAAGCUCCUAUUAUACAUUCAAGGAUUUGGCAGGAGUGUGUCCAUUAGCACUACCUGCCUUCUGAGUGUUUUCCAGGCCAUGACAAUCAGCCCCAGAGAAUCCUGUUGGAAGGGUCAUAAAGCCAGAGCUGCCAACUACAUUUGUUGCUCCACUUCCCUCCUCUGGGUCUUGCAUAUGUUGAUACAUUCCAUUUUCUUUGUGUACACAUUUAUCAAACGGAAUAGCAAAAAUGUGACAAGAGAACAAGAAUUUGGAUUCUGCUCCAUUGUAGGGCAAGAAGAAAUCAGUGAGUCACUCUAUGUUGCACUGGUGGUGUGUCCUGAAGUCCUCUUUUCUGUGCUCAUCACUUGGUCCAGCACUUCCAUGAUUGUCAUUCUGUACCGACACAAGCAGAGGGUUCAACACAUCCACAGCUUUCAUAGUUCCAGCAGAAAUUCUCCUGAGUCCAGAGCCACUCAAAACAUCCUGGCCCUAGAGUUUUACUUUAUGGUUUUUUAUGCUUUCUCUUCAAUUUUAAGAGGCUGCAUUACUUUUUCACAUAAUCAAUAUUUGUGGUUGGUGAAGAUCACUCCCCUUGUUUCUCUUUGUUUUCCCACUUUUGCACCCUUUGUUUUUAUAAGUCAUUACUCCAUUGCGUCCAGACUCUGUUUGGCCUAG